AUGUCCAAUAUAGAGCAGCUGCAGGCACAUUUCACAUCAGAACGAUUCCAAGUUCUUAUAAAGAAGAACAAAGGGUGUUUUAUAGGAAAGGUAGACUGGUGCAGUGAACUAUCAAUAGAUGUCUGGAAGACACAUUACCUCCAAAUUACAGAUCAAGGGUCACUGACACAUGCCAUUGAAACACCAAUAAUUAGUAAGGAAUUUGUUGGAGCAACAAGCGGUUUUAAAGAACCUAAGCAUCCAAUCAUAAAGCAUUUACAAAAAUGUGGAGUACGAUUGCUAAGUGCAAAUCAGCAUUCACAACCAGGUGGGCAGCAGACAUACCAAAGUCAGCCGCUGCCUAUAAUAGAGGUUAUCGCAAGGAAUCCUAACGCAACAAAGGAUAUGAAGGUCUACUUGAGGAUAGUAAAUUUAGAGAAAUUCCAAGAACUCCUAGUGUCUUUGAUAUGGUGGAGUACUUUUAAUAGUAAAGGGAUAUUUGAUAAGGUAAGAAUUCAGCAUCCCGAGUACCUGCCACAAACAGAACCAACUGACAGGAUUGACGUCCUUUCUGAAUCAUUUGAAAUUGAGUGCAAUGUCUAUGGUCCUAUUCCCUUUGAUGCAAAUGUCACUACGCUCAAAAAUAUAUCUAAUAUUGAAAAUUAUUUGAGUCAUAGUUCAUUUAUUGAUGCUGGUAGCAUGCUUGAUCCAGAUUAUUUAUCAAAUUCAUCAAAUUUCUCCUGGUUUAAAGCCAAAUGUAUUCUCAAAAAGACAGGUAUUCUGGAUAUAAUUAUCGAUGAGACCAUAAUUUACUCCUUGGAUGUGAAGACAUUACUUUCAUCUGAAGUGAGAAUAGUUAAUGGGCAUUUGUAUGAUGAUAAUUGUUUAUAUAUUGGCCACCUCAGUUCACUAAGAUCGAAGAUAAAUUACGUUGGUGGAAAUUUAUUGGGAGGGGUAGGUUUAGACGACAAGCAUCAAGCUUUAUUACUGCAUAGCAAGCUUAAACAUGAAAUUGAAUUAAUGUAUACACUUUUUCAACUUUUCACUUCUGCAGAACAAUUAUCUCUUAUAGGUGCUGCCAGAUCCAAUACCUUAAGAUUAGUUAAUAAUUUGGAAGUGUCCGUUCUUGAAGGAAAUCUAAAUGAUAUGUCUGGCAUCGAAGAAGGUACUUUAUUUGUAGAUGUUAUUCUUUGGGGCAAAAUAUUUGCAAGAACUCCAUUUGUCCAAAGCUCAAAAAAUCCCUUUUGGAGGGAGAUAUUUGAAUUUACAGAAGCUGUUAUACCAGACAAAUUACAAUUCGAUCUAAAAUACAAUUCAGACUAUAAACAGCAAAUAUUAGGAAGGUGUACAAUAACUAAAGAUAUGAUACAUGGAACUAUGUUGGAUAAGGAAACACGUGUACCGCUAUUUUCAGUAGCUAAUCCAGAGAAACAAGUCGGGACAUUAUGUUUAAAGGUAACUAGUAGAAGAAACUACAUUCUUCCACCAAACAAUUUCAAGAAAAUUGAUGAAACUUUAAAUUCCAUAAAUCUGAAAUAUCUGACAGGCUUUGCUUAUGGGGAAAGUAUAGGGACAUCAAAAGAAGUAGAAAAAUGUGCAGUCACAUUCCUGAAUAUUUUUCAAACAUUGCAAAAGGAAGAUAUAUGGUGUACUAUACUAAUUAACAAGGAGCUUGAGGAUUUUAGUAAGCAAUCAGGUAGUAGGCCUGGUAUUGAUGGGCAGUACAUGCCUUCUCGUGUUAACUCUCUGUUUAGAGGAAAUAGCAUUUUAACGAAGACCUUGGAGUUAUAUUUUUUGAGAAUUGGACGUGAAUAUCUCGAAAAGGCGUUUGGUACUUUGAUAAGAAAUUUAUUAAAUGAAGAAGUGUCCUUCGAAAUGGAUCCAAUGAGAAUAAGCGCAAAGGACGAUAUUGAACGUCGACAAAUUAUACAACACAACUCGGAAGACCUGAAACAAUGGGUUUGUACUAUAUGGAAUAGAAUAAUCGAAACUAGUAACGACCUUCCAAAAAAGAUAAAGAAACAGCUCCAUGAGUUAAGGAAGGGAUUUGAAAUCAUAUGUUUAGAAAAAGGUCAGCAAAGCAUAUUGAAUUGUAUUUCAGCAUUUUUAUUCCUUCGUUUCUUUUGUCCAUUAAUUUUGAAUCCAAAAUUAUUUAAAUUUACUGAAAGUCAUUUGACAAUGAAGCAAACAAGAAACAUGUUGCUGAUUACAAAGGUUCUACAAAAUAUAUCUACCCUCAAUCCGUUUGGAGUCAAAGAGCAAUGGCUUCAACCCUUAAAUCCAUUUGUAGAAGGUUUCAGAGAGCAAGUGAUAGAAUAUGUUGACAAGGUUACAGAAAGAAAGAUUGAUUUCUCAACAAAAUUGCUGGGAUCUACUGCUGACCGUGAAACAGCUAUGUCGAUCAUUAAACCCGACGUUCUGCCGUAUAUGAAGUCUAGUGUUUACGGUAUUGAUAAGUACCAGGAUGAAACUGAGUUGAUAGAGCUUAUAACUACUGAUAAGUUAGGAGUACAAAAUAAUAUUAAAUCUGAAAGAACUUCAGAUCUGGAUAAACUAGAUGACUGGACUACAGUUGACGAGGAGAAACCGGAAAUUGGGGAGUUAGAAUUCGAGGAAAUUACUGAGGAUAACUCAGAUGUUUUUGGAGAUGAUUUGAUGAGAUACUUAAAAUCUAAUGAAUCUCCAAAAAAGAAGCCAUCCUCAAAGAUUUAUAGUAUGCAAUUCAAAGAAAUUACAAAGCAGGACUAUGAUCUUUUUGAGCAACUAGAGACGGAAUCAGCGCUGUUAGUAAAUAAGCUUGAUAGGUUACUUGAUAGGUUGGCAGACUAUGAAUAUCCAUCCAUUCAACUUACAGAGAUGGGAUCUUUUGUGCAGUCAAUGUCUAAUAAGAUAUAUUAUACAAAGAAUGGUGUCAUUGUUGCUGAUGUUUUACGGGAUGGUUAUGAUGAUGAUCAGUUCAGCCGGUUAUUCAAUGAAGAUGGUAAAACUGAUGUAUUCUUGUCAUUACCCACAGUCGAUAUACAAAACAAGAGAGACAACACAGAGAGAUCGCAACUGCACUUACACCAUCAAAUGAAUGGAAACGGUAAGGUGAAAUCGUCUUCAAUGUACAACUUGGGCAAAAUCAUUGGCACAAAGAAGAAGAUGUCAGAAUCUGAGGAGUUUGAAGAUGAAAAGAAACUAAAUGCAACUACAAGAUUUGGAAGAUGGCUGAAGAAGAAGAUAUAG